CUGUUAAAGUGUUUGCUCUGUCUGAGGGACCCUCACUCGCCCUCCGGCCUCCGCUGCAGUCUGCCUUUGUCUCCGAGGGCGACCGCCCGCGCGCACUCCGUGCCCCGGCUAAAAAUAACUUACUCCCGCAUCCUUCAUAACGAACCAAAAUAACAACCGCGCUUUUAUAAAAAAAAAACAAGAAAUUCUAUUCGCGUUCUUUUUUCAAAAUUGUGUGAAAUAUACGAUUUUGUUGCGAAUCUGUGAACCAGUUGAUGCGAAACCAAAAUAAACAAAAGAAUCGCGAGCGAAUGAUGCGGGCAUAAGAAUUUCGUUCGUUCGUACAAAUUCGAAAAUGGAUUGGCGCGAAAAACUUUUUGGUAAAGUGCUCGUCAAAUCGGGUCAAAGUGGCCAGUUAGAGAAUGUGGCGACCAUGGAGGGUUUGGUUGACUGUGUGGAGGAAGGUGAGGGUGCUGUGUGUGGGAUAUACUUUUCUUUCGCGAAUAUAAGCGAUGAGAGUGACGAUUUCGGCGUGCGUUUGGAGGAGGUGUACAAUAAAGUGCAUCCGAGGCUGAAGGUAGUGCAAGUGGUGUUAUGGGCGCAUGUUGGCACCCCUGAAGGACCGGUGGAGAGAGAAGCCGGGUUCCACCGGAGCUUGAUCGGGAAGCCUUGGUUCGCUGUGCCGUUCCAUGAUGUGGAUACAAAGCGUCGUCUGACCCAGAAAUACAGCAUCGCAGUAGGAGUGCCGACCCUGGUCAUCAGAGGCCGGGCGGUCCGGGACGCCCUCCUCGCCGACCCCCUGGGAGAGCGGUUCCCCUGGCCUGCCCCCCCUCUGCAGGAGGUCCUGAGAGGCGUCCAGCUCCAGGGUGACGGGCAUACCAAGCUGUAUGAGGAACUGCCGCCGGAUUCAGUGCGCGUGUUCUAUUUUGCUGCUCAUUGGUGCCCGCCCUGCCGAGCAUUCGCCCCGAGCCUGUGCUCGGCGCUCGCGGCGGUGCGCAAGCGGCGCGCCAAGUACGCUAACACGCAGCUCAUACUCGUCUCUAGUGACAGGUCAGUUUUAAAUAUUUAACCCUUUAUACAAUAGUGGGAAUAUAGUUCCCAUCAUAUUUUGAACUUUACUCCGUUGUUUUAAGGUAGGGUUGCCAUCCGUCCGGGUUUCCCCGGAUUUGUCCUAAUUUAGAGGGUGUCCGGGGAGCGUCCGGGCAGGGUUUUAUUUAUUAUCCGGGUAUAAAAAAUUAAAUCUUGGGCCAAUGCCGGGCAAUGCAACUAAAUUUUAUAAAAACCUGUUGACAUAGGGUUCUGGGCCCCAAAAUCCGGGGUUUUCACGCGUCUUAUCCUGGUUGUCAAAUUUUGAGAUGGCAACCCUUUUUGAAGGUCCAAAAUCAAUGAAAUAUUUGGACUCGUUAUG